AUGGUUUCUGUGCCGAUCCCCGCUUUGCCUCUGGAUGCCGAUUCCCCCGGAGCGGAGGAGUGUCUGGAAGAGGACGAGGAGGAGCUGGAGACGAGCGUGGAAGACCCUGAGAACGAAAGCGCCGGGAAGCCGGCCCCGGGGGGGCGCAGCUGCAUCCUCACCCGGCGCGGCAUCACGCUGCGGGUGCUGCUGAAGGACGGCCUGAUCGAGCCGGGGGAGGGCGUGCUCUCCAUCUACUACCUGGGGAAGAAGUUCCUAGGGGACUUGCUGCCCGACGGGAAGAUCACCUGGCAGGAGACGGGGCAGGUGUUCAAUUCGCCCAGCGCCUGGGCCACAUACUGCAAGAAGCUGGUGAACCCGGCGAAGAAAUCGGGCUGCGGCUGGGCCUCGGUGAGGUACAAGGGGCAGAAGCUGGACCAGUGCAAGGCGGCCUGGCUGAAGAAGCACCAGCCCAAUGCCCCCGCGGCCGAGGAGAGUUUGGUGAGUGAAGGGGAGGAGGAGGAACUGGUCGAGGAGGACGAGGACGAGGCCAGGGAAGGUAAAAUCGCCAUCUCGGAGCCUGGGCUUGGCAAGAAACUGGAGGAGAAAAGCAGAAAGCACCAAAGCAAGAGCCUGGUGGAGCCACACAACGCUGAUAACGGGCCCCAUGGGAAGAGACUGGAGAGCAAGAACCGCACUCCGGUCCGUUACUGCACGCUGGGAAGCCGGGACUCUGCCAGGAACCCACACACCCUGGUGGAAGUGACCUCCUUUGCAGCAAUCAACAAGUUCCAGCCGUUCAACGUGGCCAUCUCCAGUAACGUCCUGCUGCUGCUGGACUUUCACAGCCACCUAACGAGGAGCGAGGUGGUUGGCUACCUGGGAGGCAGGUGGGACACCAGCAGCCAGGUGCUGACGGUGCUGCGAGCGUUCCCCUGCCGGACGCGCCUCGGAGACGCCGAAUCGGCAGCCACCGUUGAGGAGGAGAUCUGCCAGAACCUCUUCAUGCGGGGGCUGGCGCUGGUGGGCUGGUACCACAGCCACCCCUUCAGCCACGCCCUCCCCUCGCUGCAGGACAUCGACGCCCAGAUGGAUUACCAGCUCAAGCUGCAGGGGAGCAACAACCGCUUCCAGCCCUGCCUGGCUCUCAUCUGCGCACCAUACUAUCACGGCAACCAAGGUGUGGAGUCCAAAAUCUCGCCCUUCUGGGUCAUGCCACCUCCGGAGCAAAGGCCCAACGAUUACGGCAUCCCCAUGGAAGUGGAGGUCACCUACGUGCAGGACGGGUUUCUCACCAAUGAUGUCCUCCAUGAGAUGAUGCUGCUGGUUGAGUUUUACAAAGGGGCUCCAGACCUGGUGAAGUUUCAAGAUAUAUGGAGCCAGGAGAAGACUUACUUAGAUAAGCUAAAGGGCUCCCUCACCUCCAGGACUCCCAAAGAUCAGGGCUUCACCCACGUCCUGGAACAGAUCUACAGCCUCCUCAAGCACAGCAGCUGAGGCAAGGCCGGAGCCUGAGUUACAAUGAACUCAUACCCAGGUGCCUUUACACCAGGUGGGGCUCAGCCAGGCAGCCCCGGGCUCGGGGACACUUGAGUCUGAGCCCAGCGCGGAGUGGGCUUAUUAAUCCGUGGUAGCAGGGACGUUGGAUCUACAAGCCUCGAGCAGCUGUUACACAGCAAUGAAGGCCUGCGAGUUCGAGCCAUUAGGCAGACGGGAUCAGCGUUGGAGCUCGGGCGCGUUUGCCGCUGGUGGCUACGUGGACCGCCUAGGCGAGCGCUACUCCUGUAAUAGGACUUUGUGGUGUAGCGUGUAGGUCCGAACGAGCGGGGACGGUGGCGGCCUCUCUCCGGGUGUAAGUUAUUUGUGGACGGGGUAGUUCUGAUUAAAAAAAAAGUUGCUGACCUGUGUUGUGAGACAGCAGCUCUGGGCCUGUGGCUUAGAAGGGAACCGCGCCCCACCCAUGAAAAGGGAGAAAGGGGCUUGGGGAACCCCCCUCUGUAUCUGUUGGAGAUGUGUGCGUAGAACACGCCUACUGGGACUAAGUGAUGAUCAAUCCCACACCCCCCCUUCCAGGGGAAAAGGAGCAGCUGGAGUCAAAGCCAAGAGACUUGACUGCUCUUUCCUGGAACAAGCCCUCCCAGGAGGUUUUAAAGGCACAGCCUGCUGCUAGAGUGACUGCCCGUCCCCACGAGAGGUUCUCUUCAACAGAAGAGUGAAGUCAGUGCUGGAAGCAGCCGCCUUGGCGAGCCACAGGUGACAAGGGCAAGCUUUCUCUCCCCCACCGCCCCGAAGGUCAGCCUGGCUGGGCCACUCACUCUGUGGCUCCUUUGGGGUAUCUUCACCCCAGGGACCAAGCAAUGCCAGCCACAACAGGAACUGGUGACACACCCGAACUCGUGCGCCGGUAACGUGGUGGUUAGC